AUGCCUGUGGAGGAGUUUGUGGCUGGCUGGGUCUCCGGAGCCCUGGGCCUGAUCCUGGGACAUCCGUUUGACACAAUAAAGGUGCGACUGCAGUCCCAGGACAAGUACCGAGGCGUCUUGGACUGCGCCACGCAGAUCUACCGCCAUGAGUCGAUCUUGGGCUUCUUCAAGGGAAUGAGCUUCCCCAUUGCAAGCAUAGCAGUGGUCAACUCCGUUCUCUUUGGGGUCUACAGCAAUGUCCUACUUGCACUCACCUCCACCACCUACCAGGAGCGGCGCGCGAAUCCUCCCAGCUAUGCUGACAUCUUUAUUGCAGGCUGUGCUGGGGGCUUUGUGCAGGCCUACUGCCUGGCCCCUUUCGACCUCAUCAAAGUCCGGCUGCAAAACCAGACAGAGCCAAGGGUGCGGCGGGGGAAUCUUCGGCCUAGGUACCUGGGACCCGUGCACUGCAUGACCUCCAUCAUCCGGGAGGAGGGACCCCAGAGGCUGCUCCGUGGAGCUGGCACCUUGAUGCUGAGGGACACCCCCACCCUGGGCAUCUACUUUGUGACCUACGAGUGGAUCUGUCGCCAAUACACGCCAAAGGACCAGAAUCCCAGCUCAUUCAUAGUGCUGGUGGCAGGUGGCAUCGCUGGCAUCAACUCCUGGGUCACAGCCACGCCCUUGGACGUGAUCAAGUGCCGCAUGCAGAUGGACGGCAUGAAGGGCCAGGUGUACCGGGGGGUGCUGGACUGCAUGGUGAGCAGCAUCCAGAGGGAAGGCCCCAGGGUCUUCUUCAAGGGACUCGCCAUCAACAGUGCCCGGGCCUUCCCUGUCAAUGCCAUCACCUUCCUCAGCUAUGAGUACUUCCUCCGCUGGUGGGGGUGA